AUGGCUGCAAGAACCAUCAUCAUCGACCACGGGUCUGGCUUUCUGAAGGCUGGCUUGUCGGGGUUCAAUGAGCCCCAGAUGGUCUUCCCGAGCAUCGUGAACUACACCCCUUGCAGGGAGAACCCCGGCCCCAGCUAUGCCCGGCGGCGCGUGAGUCUAGGCAUCGAUAUUUGCCAUCCCGACACCUAUAGCUACCCCGUCCACCGUGGCCGUGUCCUCAACUGGGAGGGUGUGGAGCACAUCUGGUCACUUGUCCUAGAGAAACACAGGCUGGAGAACGAGGACUCGCCUGUGAUGGUCACAGAAUUUCCCCUGAGGGAGCGUGCGGACCGUCAGAAGACCCUGGAGAUUAUGUUUGAGUUACUGGGUGUCCCGUCCAUCCUCCUGGCUGACCAGCUGGAGAUGUCCCUGUAUGCCUCUGGCCUCCUGACCGGCGUGGUGGUAGAUUCAGGCUACGGCCUGACCCGCGUGCAGCCUUUCCAUCUGGGCUGCCCCUUACGGUCCAGCGCUAAGAUGCUGGAAUUUGCAGGCCAGGAUCUGUCGGCCUAUCUCUGCAAGAGCCUCUUUAAGGAAGAUUACAGUCAACACAACCUGUUUCAGCUGGAUACAGUGGCCGCCACUCAGAUGACCAAGUGCUACGUGCCACAGAAUCUGGGGGAGGCACUGGACUUUUGUCAGAGCCUGCCGAGAGGCUCCGAUGAGCGUAACUCCUAUCAGCUCCCGGAUGGCACCCCUGUGGAGCUGACCCCCAUGCAGCGGCUGGCUCCCGAGAUGUUCUUCAGCCCCGAGGUGUUCGACCUGCAAGGGCCCAGCAUCUCCCAGGCCGUCCUGGAUUCCAUCGAGACCUGCGAGGCCUCCAUGCACCCGCUGCUCGUCUCCCACCUGAUGGCCUGCGGGGGCAACACCCUCUAUCCUGGCUUCACCAGUCGUCUGUACAAGCUGAUCGCUGAUCAUUUCUCCUCCACCAAGGCCACCAUGUGGGUGGGUUCCAACAGGAACUUUAGUGUCUGGCUAGGAGCGUCUGUAGUGGCUCAUCUGUCGACUUACAAGUCUAAGUGGAUGACCAAAGAGGAGUAUGAUGAGAGUUUCAAGCUGUGA